AUGAAUACAAAACAGACGUCCUUGGAAAAAAGAAAAGGCUCAGUGAAGAGACCGAAGAGCCUUCAACAUCAACGAAACAUGAAAGAAUGGAUCCGCGACCCAUUUGCCAACAAAUCGGGUGAAUCUAGCUUGUCAAUGCAAGAAGAAGAUCAACUGUUGGAGAUUGCAAAUGACUGCGGCCUUAAGACUACGUUCGAAACAACAACUCUGCCGGUGUUCUGGCUUAAAGUCUUAACAGAAUACCCCGAGAUUGCCACCACAGCACUUAAAUCCCUAUUGCCAUUUCCGACAACCUAUCUGUGUGAAGCGGGAUUUUCUGCUGUAACAGCAACCAAAACAAAGCAACGGAAUAAACUGGUGAUAAGCAACACACUUCGGGUGUCAUUGUCUCCGAUUACCCCCAGAUGGAGCCGUCUUAUUACAAAGAAACAAGCUCAGGGUUCUCAUUGA